UUCAGUGCGGUAAAAGAACUAGGACCUGAAACAAAAACACUUGUUACAGGCUCGACUAGGUCCUGGGGUCUUGUCCGGAGGUGUUAAACUUCCGGUUAAUGGUGACCCCCAAAUAGGCGACCGGUGUCUUCCACGGCACGUCCCGGUCCAGGAAACAUAGGGAUGGAGCGGAGUGCGAACGAAGGCGUUCGCCUGGCCCUGUAUCAUGGUUGGGUUUGGCGCCAGUCAGCAGUCUCCACGUCUUGUUCAACCACUCUGUCAGGAGACAGGUGUCCUCCUCCCAGGGCCAUACAAUUCGUUAUUUGUAUUUUAUGUUCUAUUAUUUUAGCUGAAGUUCUUGUAUCCGUGAGCCUCUAAUGAAUUAAAAUUAGACCUAAAGGUAUGGGUUUGGGAUAUUACACCAGGUCGUAAAAUAUCAAAAAAAAUAACACUUAUUAAAUGACGUCUACUGUCACUUUGACUGAAUUUUAAAGCCAAAUCGAGUGUGUUUUGUGUUAGCAAUUUUAAACAAGGUUUAAUAUUGAUUUCGGAAAGCGUUUCUAAAUAAUUAUUAAUGUAAUUGUAGUAUAAUGUUAUAAGGGUCAUUUUUAAAUUUUAAUUAUCGACUAGACACGUAAACAUGGUUUCAACACAGGUUAAAGUCGAAGAGUUAUGUCGAACAUGUCUUACAAAGGAAAUUGAGUUAAUUUCUAUGUACGAAGUAUAUUCAAAUUCCACUUUGGAAAACAUUAUAUCCACGUUAACUGGGAUAAAGAUAGAAACGGGUGAUGGCUUUCCGACAAGCGUAUGCUAUGUGUGCAAAGAAAAAGCUACAAAUGCAUAUGAUUUUAAACUACAAUCUAUACAAGCUGACACCAACCUUCGUAAAAGUUAUAAGAAAACAAAGCAUGAAGAAAAAGUGUGUGAAGAUAAGUUUGUAAAAAUGGAACAUGAACCUGAUGAUGACUUCAUGGACUCUACAGAUUUUGAGAUUGAGUUUACAAAUGACUUUGAAUCUUUUGACAACAUUAAAACUGAAGCAGAGACAAAUAUCAAUGAAAAAAAGAAAACAGAUAAAAAUCCAAGUAUAGAUAAAGACGGUGGCACAUAUUGUCCUCUUUGCGCCACAAGCUUUCUAAACUCAGAUGGUUUGACAAGUCACAUGUGGGAGCAUCAUGCUGACAUUAUGGGUCCUAAAAAAAGGGGCCGUCCCAAGAGGCUUGGCACAACGGCGAUUCUUAAUAAACUCUCGGAAAAUGGUGUACACGUCAAGUGGGUGACAGACAUGAAGUUCAGCUGCACCUUUUGUUCGCAGCAGCUAAGGUCAAAGGACGAUUUAGACUCGCAUGUGAAAUCUGAUCACGCAGAUACAAAAUUAUUGAAUUGCUUGUUAUGCAAGAAGAUGUUUUUGAAAAUGGAAGAUUUUGAAAAACAUAAAUGCGGCCAAGACAAGAAAGGGGAUAAGCCAGAGGUACAACCCGCCGGUGGUAUGAGCAAAGAUGUAUGUGGAGAGGGGACAUUACAAGAAAUAAUUGAAAAAAUUCCCGAUACGGAAUGUGUCUCGGAUAUAUUUAUAUGCGAUUAUUGCGGGUGCGUCUGCGCCGGUCGCGAGGCGAUUGCAAGACACAGGGACGAUGAUCACCCGGAGAUGUCCCCGCGAUGCUCGCUUUGCUGCAAGACGUUCGCCUCGGUGGCGGCUGCGGCGCGUCAUAGGACGCGUUGUACGCAUCGAGAACGGUCAUUACGGUGUGAAUUGUGCGCGGCACGUUUCGCCCAUGCCGCAACGCUCAACAAACACAUUUUGCGUUCGCAUCGCGGUCAGCCCGUGCGCGUUCGACCGCCGCUUCCGCCGCCUAAUGACCGCGAUCCCGCCUUCCGAUGCGAUAUAUGUUCAACUAAAUUCUGCAGGAAGGAUCUCCUCGCGAGACACGCAAAAGUUCACAAGCCGAGCGACAAAGUGUUUGAAUGUAAUACGUGCAAUAAGAAGUUUCACAGGAAAUGCAGUCUCAGAACACACAUGCGUGUACAUGAAUCUGGCGGGACCGGGGUGAGUACUAGCUCCUGUCUUUGCCUGUACUGCGGCCGGGGCUUCUCCAAUUCAUCGAACCUCAUCGUACACAUGCGCAGACAUACAGGCGAAAAACCGUAUAAAUGUGAUUUCUGUGGAAAAGGUUUUCCGCGUUCGUCAGACCUACAGUGCCAUAGGCGAUCGCAUACGGGAGAAAAACCUUGUAUUUGCGGCGUUUGUGGGAAAGGCUUCAGCCGUAGCAACAAGCUCUCUCGACAUAUGCGCGUUCAUACGGGCGUUAAGCCAUACAAAUGUGUGUAUUGUGAAAAGGCGUUUUCUCAAAGCAACGAUCUCAAUCUACAUGUCCGACGACACACCGGCGACAAACCCUACGUCUGUGAGCUGUGCGGCGAGCGGUUUAUACAGGGGACAGCACUGCAUAACCACCGUCGAGCCCACGGACACUAUAGUGAAACAGUCCCACCACCAGCCCCGCCCCCCUACUCCGUCGUGCCCAUUCUCCAUACAUCAUCAACUCUGUGAAGAACGGCCAGUAAAACGACAUAAUCAGUAUUACGUAUUACAAUAUUAAUUUAAACUUUACGUAAUAAGAUACUAUAAUAAUUGUAUUCAUUUUAGCAUAGGCAUUGGAUUUUAUUCUUGGUGCAACAGUGCCCAUCCUUUUUUAUGUAAUACUGGCAAACGUAUAGAAGGCUCAUCUGAUGUUAAGUGAUACCGCCGCCCAUGGACAGUUACAUUGCCAGAAUUCUCGCAAGUACCUUCAAGAAUCGGUACGCUCUUUUCUUGAAGGACCCUGGUUUCACAUAGUGGUGGUGCGCGAUAGAAACUGCGGAUCGUCGAGGUGAUACGGAUGGUAUUUUGUAUUCUGCCUUGACGUCCGAUGAUGAAACUCAGCUGCAGGUAUUAGACCAUGCGGUAGAAGAUGCAGGGAGACUACAAAUCUUCACGCACCGCCAAGGGAUCAAGCCGCCCGGAAAGUGACUGGUCGUCGACGAUUGGAAUCGCUAUUGCCCUUGCCUUCAGUCAGGCCGCUUAAGCCCCUUAAGGAGUCUUUUUGACGUGACAACAACGUCUUAUAAUUCGAUGGAGCCAGCUGCACGCACGAAAAAACAUGAUGAAUACGGCGUUACCUCCCUCGGAGGCGUUCCAUUUAAGGCUUGAAGUGCAAGCUAGAGCGCGGAACGAGCGACAAAGAGGCACAAAAAAAUGCAACAUCAGUAUUUUCUUAUGACGUUGUCACGUUCACAACUAUCGUCUGUAAACCGACUUUAUAGACCACCGACUUUUUUGUUGCUUAAUAAGAAGUGAUGUUUUACCGCCACUAUAUAUACGUAGUCGUAGAGACUCAGCAGCAGCAGCAGCUCACCUGCCAUCAGUAUUACAAUUUGAAAUAUAUAAAUAAAAAUCUGUAAAGUCGGUUUACGGACUUUACAGAUUUUAUCAGAAUUUGACGUGAAAAUGUCCUAAGAGAACAUUGAUGAAAAAUUUGCUACUAAAUAUAUUUCUACUAACUAAAUAUAUUUCUUACACUCGUUAAUUCAAAUGCGUCGUCAUAAGCCAAACGCUUCGGCCGAUCGUGCCUCUCUAUCGCUUGUGCCGCGCUCUCGCUUGCGCAUGCGCUCAGGCGGAACGUGACAUUGAGUCAUGUUUUUCCGUGUCACCGCCGUUCACGGAUUUUUAAGACGCUAUUACGUCAAGGAAUAUGUAUGUUGAAUUACAAAUUACAAAGCAUUUUCGAUGAUUAGUAUCUUUACGGGUCCCGCCUGUUUGGGAGAAAGUUCUAUAGGCAUUAGUUAUUAAUUGUAUACUUUAGCAGAUAGAUUUACGCAGAUGUUCCGGGUGGACGUUAGUCAUAACCUGCUCUUGCUCGCCUAAUAAUUUAUAACUACCACUAACGAUGGACGAAUAAACGUAUCAUUUAUGACUCCACAUUUCAUUUAGCGGGUACGAUCGCGGUUCAAUCUCGUUUGUAGAGCCUUCUUGCGUAGAAAAGUGUCCUCAUCGUACUCAGUGUCGCUAGAAGCUUUAAUUGUUUCUAUUGGUAUAGCGUCGUAUCCUAUAGCUUACUUCUUUUUAAGCUGUUAAAUAGGUGCUCUGAGAAUGAUUGAACCCCUCUCAUCAUCUCCCAAAAUCUUCAAACAGAGACUGACAAUUCUUUCAAGUUCAAGCAUCUACUUGUGUCACUUGUUUGACCUAACCUAUUCAACUGAAUCAUGUGCUUUUAUUUGUUAAGUAAAAUUCGUGUUCAUUUUUGUUUUGUGUGUAUAUUUUAGGUGUA